AUGAGAAGACCUAAUAACAAUGUGUUCCUCUCCCUCCAUGACGUCGACGACGUCGCCUCGCUCCACUGCGACCGGUCGUCCUCCUGCCGCCACGGCGAAAGCGCCUUGUGCUGCCCCGACGACUCGCUCGACGAGGUCCUGAACUGCAUACCGCCCCUCGAGGACGAGCUCCUGGAGGCGCUCGGCAUCGACUGCUCGUCGCCGGUGCUCCAUGGAAACCCUAAUAACAGCGCCGUGGACGCGCGGACUGUUGUGGAUGUGCCGCCGAAGUCUGAGCACUCUUUGUCCGUGCAGGAGCAGCUCGUCUCCCCGUUCCACCACUGGACUAUUCCGAAGAAGCCGCGCGGCCGUGCCGGCACCGUCCGCAAGCGGCCAUGGCCACACCCUGUCAUCGUCGGCGCCACCGGCUACCAGUUCCGUCAUGGUAGCAAUGGUGGCCCUCGGCAGCCCACGGAGCCACGCCCUGUCAUUGCCGCCGCCACCGGCGCCAACCAGUUUGCACAAGGCAGCAAUGGUGGCCGGCGGCAGCCUGUGAACCCAAGGCGGGGGCGGCGGCCGGGGAAUGAGGACGAGAACGAGCCGAGGGCGUGCAGCCACUGCAAGAGCACAGACACGCCGCAGUGGCGCGAGGGCCCGCUCGGGAGGCGCACGCUGUGCAACGCGUGCGGGCUCCGGUACAAGAUGGGCCGCGAGAAGCUGGUCCCGGAGUACUGCCCGUCGACGAGCCCUUUCUUCAGAGACGGCAAGCACUCGAACCGCCACAGCAAGGUGGAGAAGCUCAGGAAGAAGGAGGAGAGAGCCUCCAUGGAGUCAAGCUGA